AUGAAAAUUGAUGCACUUGCUACUCCUAGAUAAUACAUUCUUCGUCUAAAUUAUCAUCCUGCUGAUCAUAAAUCAUAAAUGCCAUCUUCACCUGCUCCUAAUAUUAAAUAAUACAAUGAUAUAUCCAAAUUAAUCAUUACAGAUUCCAUUAUAAGUAAUCCAUCAGCAUUUAUUAUUCAUAGAUAAAAUCUAAUUACCAUAGAUAUCUCCAAUAUCAUCAUCUAAACUUAAUCAUUCUAUUAAUUUCCCUCAAUCUAAUACUGUGUCUGUUCAAUCUAAAUAAUUCCACAUUAUUACUUCUAAAAAUACAAGAGCAAACACUUGUAUAUAAUAAAUUACACAAACUUCUAAUCAUUCACUUAAUCGUUCAAAUCAUAAAAAACCUAGAAAAUCUUAAACAGCAUUUAAAAAAAACUCAAGAAUCAUUUCUUAACAUAUUCCAUUAUCACCUUCUAUUCCUUUUGAUCCUCUUAUAUCUGCUUAAAGUUGGUGUAUUGUUAAUGCUAAAGAUGGAACAAUCUUAGCUGGAUUUAAUGAAAAACUUACUACAUAAAUUGCAUCGCUUACUAAAAUUAUGACUUGUUGGCUUUCUCUUAAACUCAUCUCUUUAAUUUCAUUUGAUCUAGAUAAUACUUAUUUUACAGUUCCUUAAGCAGUAUUUACAACCAUAUAAAUAGGCAGAAAAAAUUGGUGGAACCUCAGCAUAACUAUCAAGUGGUGAUCAAUUAAAUUUAAGAGAUCUUCUAUAUGCACUUAUGUUACCUUCAGGUAAUGAUGCGGCCAUAACUUUAAAACAUAAUUUCGAAAUUCAGACUGGAAUCAACUUUAUAGAUGAAAUGAAUAAUUUUGCCAAAGAACUUGGUCUCAAAUCUACUCAAUAUACUAAUCCUCAUGGUAUUUAUAUAUAUUAUAUUACAAAGGAUUAUAUCAAAAAUAUAAUUAUUCGUCUGCUCUUGAUAUUGCUAUUCUAACUUAGAGGGCCUUAUAAAAUGAACAUUUUGCAAAUAUUGUAAAAACUAAAAUAUACUUCAGCGAAAUAAUUGAUAAAUAAGGUAAUACAAAAGAAAUAUUGUGGGAAAAUACAAAUAAAUUAUUAGAACAGGGUUUUGAAGGAGUUAAAACAGGUCAAACAAAAGAAGCUGGCCCUUGUGUUGUCGAAUAUUAUUAAGAUUUAAAUAAUUCUUAUAUAAUUGUAUUAUUAAAAUGCAAAUCUAUAAAUGAUAGAUGGGAUGAUGCAAUAAGGUUGUUGAAUUGGAUAAAAUAAUGA